UUUGUUUCCUUACGACCUUGACGUUCACCUCUGACUGCGGGACAGUCCUUUCCGCUAGUUAUGGCCUCAUCAUCCACAGAUCUGCGCUCACUGUCCGACUCGUUAUCAAAGCGCGAUGGUUCGCCUAACUCAGACCACUUCUUAACAUCACCCGCCGUUACCCUUGUGGAAUCCAAUCAUGGACACGAACGACAUGGUAUCUCUCCUCGAGAUUCGACAUAUCCACAUCUCAAUGGUGGAAACAAGUCCUAUAGCACGACUAGCAUUCCUGCUCGAGAUUCGACACAUCUCAACCGCGAAAGCGAGCGGUAUAGCACGGCUGGCAUUCCUGCUCAAGAUUCGACACAUCUCAACCGUGAAAGCGAGCGGUAUAGUAUGGCUGAUAUUUCUGCCCGGGACUCGACACAUCUUAUUCCCUCGAUUAUGGACAACAAGACGCACAAGUUUCACCCUCUUUCACUGCGUUUGCCGAUCAUCGUCGGAGUGCCAAUAUCGAUGUUUCUCUUUGGGGUUGCGCUAGAAGUUGGUCUAGCGCUUUCGGCAAGAAAUAAUGGAUUCGCUGUGCCUAGGGAUAACGCACUUGGGUUUGCAUCGGCCCAGUUUCUUUUGGCAUUCGUCCCCACAGUCUUGAUUAUGCCCGUUUCGAUUCUUUGGAGGGAGUUGGACUGGUAUGUGAGGCAUUACCAUCCUUAUGUUGUUCUUUCGAGGGGAAAUGCUACGGCAGAUGAAACACUUCUUCACGACUACAUCGCUGUAGGUACCGCUGGUGCGAUGAUCAACUCACUGAGGCUCAAACAUCAUGUCGUGUUUUGGUCUGUUUCGUUGGCGUUACUCAGCUAUACUUUGCAGCCCCUAGCUGGGUCGAUAUUCCAACUGCAACAAAGAGGGCAACCUGAAAGCGCGAACAUCACAAGCACUAAACGUAUCGGACUAUCUAAUGACAUAGCAGAACUGAAUGCUUUCGUAUCUUCGGCGGGGUUCGUGGAAGCCGCUGUCUACAAUGGCCUCCCAGACCCGCCUUUCAUUCUGGGAGGCUGGGUGACUGCCGAGUUCCAAUUUCCGAAUAGUAGCUUUUUGAAUGGAACGAUGAUUACUAAUACGACCGGCAUCCAAACGAAAACACAGUGCACCGUGCCAAAGGAUGUACAGGUCACGCCGUCCCUCUCUCCGAGCUUCACCAUAUUAUCCACAUCUAGUCAAGACUGCAAGGUAAAUGUGACGUUCAACCCUUUGCUUGCGGCGCAACAAUAUGGAGUUGUUGAUACCGGCUGUAAUUCUGAUCCCAACCUCAAUGUCACAUUCACACCGGUCAUGUUCUGGUUUUUCCACAAAAAUGACCGAGACGAUACACCCGAAGCCAAGACAAUAUUCUGUCAACCGACCAUAAAGGCAUUCAGAGUAAAAGCGACCGCCAGCUUAAAUACUGGUUCUCUGAUUAAUGUCACUGGAAUUGACGACUACGACUCUCCAAAUGAUGUCACGGGAGGCGAAUUAGCGGGGAAAGCUUUCAACGGACUGCUGUUCCCGCCCACGGACAAUCCCUUUAUCAAUGCUCGGGGAGUUGCAGCAAACUCGGCCAUUCCCGGAGCUAUACUUCGUGCUUUAUCGAAGCAGGAAGGUGGUCUCCAAACCGCAUUUGACCAACCAAAUGGAUUUCUCGAUACGACAACGAAACUCUAUACUCAGCACCUGUCACUAUCGGCGAAAUCCAUCUAUUUCGUGGACGAUAACACUUCUUUACCCGCACUUAUGGUCUCGCUCCUUCCGAGGCUCGUGAUAAACCCUAUCCCCGGACAUACAUUGGCAAUCUUCAUGAUGCUCAUCGGCUUCUUGGGUUUGUUCGUGCAACUCCUCCACCGGCGUCAACGAAAGCGGUUGUUUUUGGCCGCUCCCCCGAGUACGAUGGCCGCAGUCAUGGCGUUGUCCUCCCAUUCUGGAUUCGGACAGCUCCUCAUGCCUUAUGAUAACGAAGAGACACUCCGCGCGAAGUUGAGCAAUCUCAGGUUCCGUUUGGACAGGAGGACUGGUGCGUUGGUUGCGGAUGAACUGCGCCCGUCUAUGGCGAAGAUGAAGAAGGAUAGGGAUGAAUCUAUGCAGUCUCUUCUGGGGAAAUCUAAGACCUACGAGGAACCAUUGUCUUCAUCACAGGUUGCUUUUGAUGCUGCGAGUGGGUAUCCUCCCUGGAAGGCAUCGUACAAGACUCCGUACGAUCCCGAACAUUGAGCCUUAAAUGGACAUCUUUCUCAAACGCUUGCUUUGUGUUUGAGUCUUGUCGACGCAUGCUUAUAUUUUAUUUUGUAUCCACCAUACAUUUAUGUAGAAGAUCAUUGACGAUUAUGUCGGUAGGACACUUUAUCACACAUUCACUCAUGAAACGUCCGGCAACUUCGUGUUACCUCGAUUUUCAUUCAUAUUGAAAGUCAAGAUUGGGGUCCAGGUGGAACUGGUGAAGAUCGGGAUGAUUGUAGAGAGACGGGAGUACGACCCUUUAUAAGUAGGAUUACGGUCUACUCUGUUCUCAGAUCCAGGUUCCAGAUGCUUCCUAGCGG